AUGGAUGUGGCGGAGUCGAUGCUGGCAGCUGUGCAGGCACUGGCCCUGCUGGCCCACGGCGAUGACGUCAUGGCGGGGCCGGGAGGGCCACGGGCGGCCGCGGCCGAAGCAGAGGUUGAGCCCGGGUGGCGGGCGGCCUUGGAGGACGGCGGGCGCCUGCGGGCCGCACUAGAAGAGCUGGCGACGGUGCCCCUGCCGCCGUCGACAUCAGCAGCAGCGGCGGCGGCGGGCUUGGCCGACGCCCACAACUUGAGUGCCACUUUAAGCCGCGAAGGCAAAGUCGGUGGAGGCAGCGGCGUGCAAGGCAUGCAGGGCGGCGGCAGCGCCUCUGUCGGCCCGCUGGUGGACGCGUCGCUGCUGGAGGAGGUGCGCUGCUGGGCGGUCGCGGCGCUGUCGCUCUGCUACGGACAGCUGGGGGUGCGCCCGCUGCCCGGCCCCGGCCCUGCCGCGGCCGGGGCGACGGCCGGCGCGCGCGGCGAGGGCGUCUGCGGGUCGGCGCCGUGGGCGCGGCAGGGGCUACCAGUCGGCGCGGAGCGGCCGGAUGUGGAGUUGGAGGGCGGGGGCGGCGCGUGGCGAGUGCCCGCGCACGGCGUCGUGCUGUCGUGCGCGUCGCCGGUGCUGCAGGAGCGGCUUCGCGCCGCCGCCGCCGCGGCGGUCGGCGCCACGGGGACCGCGGGGUGCCUCGGCGGGCCCGCAGUCUGCGGCGGCGGCGGCGGCGGCGGCGGCGGCGGCGGGAGUGAUGGUGUCGGUUCGAGGGUUUGUUUGAGGUUGAGCGACACGAUUGACCAGCCCGCCCUGCUGCUGCUCGUGCAAUGGGCCUACACGGGCUGCGCCCAGCUGCCGGAGGACUGGCCCCCUGGCUUCCCCCGCCAGCUGCCCGCGCGGCAGCGGCUGCGGCUCCUGGCGCGCGCGCUGCGGAUGCCGCGGCUCGCCGCGCUGUGCGGCGGGCGGCUGCCGCUGCCGGGGGAGCGGCUGCCGGCGGCGGCGGCAUCGGAGGACUACUCGUGCGCCCUGCCGCGGCGCGGCGCGGUGAUCCCGCUGACUGGGGCGCUGUCGCACGACGAUGACGUCAUCAGCCUUGAUGAUGGCAUCUUGAGUCAUCGUGGCGGACGACGCAGCUGCAGCAGCGGCGGCAGUACUUGCGACGGCGCGGACAGUGUGGCCGAGGGGGGCUGCCCGCCCUGCGCCCACAGGCCAAUGGCUUCACUGCUGGCAGAGGCGCACCACCUGGCGCAGCGCAUACCCCGGGAGGUGCCGCUGGCCGCCUUGACGCCCGGGGAUCCGUCAGCACGGCCAGGGGAGCUCGCAACACCUUAUGACGGCGCCUGUGUGGACAUCGACGGCGUCGGUGCGGCCGCUGUCGACCCCUUUGCGGAUAUCUGGCUCGCCGCGCCCGUGCCGGCAGAUGGUGCUCCCGGCGCGCCCCCCUGCGCGCUGCUGCUGCCCGCGCACCGGCUGCUGCUCGCCGCGCGCUGCCCCUACUUUGCCGCGGCGACCUCCGAGCGCUGGGGCGACGCGGCGGGCGACGGCGGCGGCGCCGGCGGGCGUGCGCUGCAGACGCUCGUACUGCCGGACGCGGACGCUGACGUGGCGUGGGAGCUGCUGCGCUUCUUAUACACCGGGGAGCAGCCGUUCUCCUCUUGCCGCUGGCACGCAUGGGCGGAUGGCCCAGCCAGCCAACCAAGCAGGACUGACAGCCGGGUGCCGCAGCACGGGCUCGGAGAACCGAAGGGUGGCGGCGACGCCGCGGCCACUGGCCCCUGCGCCGUGUGCCGCGCCGCGCGGGGCGCCGCGCGGCUGGCGCACUGCGCGGAGGUCCUCCUGCUGCCACAGCUGGCGGCCGCCUGCGAGACGGCGCUCCGCGGGCGGCUGCUCGCGCCGCUGCCCGCGGCCUGCCUGGCGGCGCUGCUGCAGGGCUGCGCGGACCUGGGGCUGGCGGCCAUGGCGGAGGCGGUGUUUGACCGGCUGGUUGACUGCCAGCUUCGCGGAGGCCCUGGCGCCAGCGGGCUGGAGGCCACCCCCGAGUGGUCAGCCCUCUCGCAGCACCUGCGGCAGGCGGUGUCGCAGGCCGUGGCGCGGCGGCGGCGCGAGGAAGCCGAGGGGGUCGCCGCGGCCGGCAUCGUCGCAGCCGGCGACGCCGGCGCCGCCUGGGAGGCGCCCGGGGCUAUCGCGAGGCCCGGCGCCGGCGGCCGGGGGGCGGCCGCGGCGACCGGGGCGGCCGCGACUGCAGGGGUGCAGGGGACGGAGGGGGAGCUGGAGCGGCUGCUGCGGGAAUUUCGGUCUGCGAUGGAGCGGGGUCUGCCGGCGCGGUGA